GUGUAGGUGUGGGUCCUUCGGACUUCCGGGUUUGUAUAAACAGAUUGCAAGCGGUGCUGCCUCGCCUAAAGAUGUCUAAAGUAACGUUUAAAAUCACCCUGACGUCGGACCCCCGGCUGCCAUACAAAGUACUUAGUGUCCCAGACAGCACACCGUUCACAGCGGUUUUGAAGUUUGCAGCUGAGGAGUUCAAAGUUCCAUCAGCGACCAGUGCAAUUAUAACAAAUGAUGGAAUAGGAAUCAACCCUGCCCAGACAGCAGGCAACGUGUUUCUAAAACACGGCUCAGAGCUUCGCCUCAUUCCCAGAGACAGAGUGGGAGGACAACAAGACUGAUGCUGCUUUUCUUCGUUGACAGCGUAAUGACUCACCAGGAGGAAUCCUAUAACAACUGAGACCCAGGAAACACAUCAGUGCUAUUUCCCAGCCCUCAAAAGACAAGGACUCACAUGAGGAUAUACAUAUUUAAAGUUGAUGCGUCCUGCUCGGUCUUUCAUAAAUAAGCCCCCCCUCCCGAUCGACACAAACGUGAGGGUUUUUUCAAGAUAUAACAAAAUAAGUAUAAUUGAAAGUGAAAAGUAAAGUGUGUCUGUAAUGUGUUGUAACUUCUUUGUAUUUGACAACAAACAGUAAGUUAAACUAAUAACCACAAAUGGCUGGUUAGUAAUGUUCCCCCCGGUGUCUACGAGCUUAAUAAAUGCUAAUGUGAUGGGUGAGCUGUGUUUAGCAUAUGUGGCCCCAGAGGAAUGUUGUCAUUGUUUAUUUUGCUGUUAAUGACCAGUAACAGUGUCAGUGCAUCAUAUGCAUCAUACUGAACACAUGCCAUGGACCAGAUUCUCCUACUGUAUAACUAGAACAACAUAUUUUGGCUAAUGCCGACGAAUAACUCUCAUCUAUCAAACUCGUGGAUCUUUGCUGCCCUCUGUCAGAUCACAUGUUAACAUCAUUCAACUCUGUUUUCUAAACUUUGCAUUAUAAUUUAUCGGCACACAAUAAAAACAAAUAAAUGCU